ACUAACCUCCUAAAAAUAUUUGAUGCGUACACCAAUUUUUUUACCGCAGACAUCUUGUUCAUAUGGCUUAGCUUGUCCGAAGAAUAUCUUGUGUUCUUAGGUACCGGCGUGUUCACCAGACUAAUCACAACCACCACCAUCAUCAAUUCCCUCUGCUGAGGAGCGAAUGGUAUAACUAUAUUCCUCGUCUCUGAGGUGUGCCUUCCCUCCUGAUCAUAUGUGGAGGACACUGUCCAUUUCUGUAACAGAUUUGCUAUCUUUUGGAGCGGUCCGCUCCGGGACCUGAAGAUGAAACAGACUUCGUUCAGCGAUAUUUCCAUUCGUGGAUUGGGUGUUAACGUCAUACUUCAAAAUGACUAAAUCUCAAGCUUUCGGUGCUGUCUUGAACCUUGUUUCGAUGCAUUUGAGUUUUACUCUGAAUUUGCUGGCAUUUUAUUUUAGAGAUCUCUUUACGUUUAUCUUUUAUGGUUUAUUGUCUUUUUCUUGUAAAAUUUGGGUAAACUCUCCUGUAAUAUGUACCACGAAUGUUUGAGAAUUAAUGAAAUUUAUGUUCCACAAAUAAACACAAAAGACAUUUAUGGUAAAAUUUAGUUAUUAUUUGCUAUUACUAACUUUUUGUAACUUUAUUUAAUGAAAUUAUAAUACUUAUUUUUAAUUGUUAAAUAAAAGUAAAGAAUAUUCUAUUUUAAAAUUACAGUACUGAAAAUAUCUUUGUGUUUUAAUAAAUUUAAUUUUUAAUCAUAUAAAUAUUGAUAAAAUAUCAUAAAAUAAAUAUAUAAUUAUGGUUUUUAGUACAAAAAUGAAUAAAUAAUAAUUGAUAAUAAUUAACCAGAAGCAAACAAAUAAUUUUAAUACAGUAGCUAAUAGUUAUAAACCUAAAUACCAAAAAAAUGAAAAACUGAAUUAAAAUUAAACUGAAAUCCGAAUUGAACAACCCUAACAUAUGGCAAAAAGAGUAACAGCAAAUCAAAUGAUAUUCAAUGCAAUAUUAUACUCCCUUUGUAUAUUAAAGAGUAUCACUUUAUCAUUUUUUCUUCUUUACACAAAAAAAUGUCGUUCUAGAAUUCUAAUGCAUUUUAAUUAUAUUUACUUUCAACUGACUAUUAAUUGUAAAAUCGAUUGAUAUGGUAGAUAAAUUUAUUUAUCACAAAUAUUGUUGGUUAAACGGAUGUAACUAAAUGAAAUUAUAAAUGCAUUUUGAUUAUUUUAUUAAUACGUGUAAAAAAUGUAUAAGUGAUACUUUUUAUGAAAUAGAUGGUGUAAUAGUUUUUAUACAUUUUUCGUUAUGGGUACCUAACAAAAAAAAAAACGUUCCAAAGCUCCUUUCGAGUUCUGACCAUCAUUGACAUAAAAGACAAUAGAAAAAAGACUGUACGUUAUUUUAAUUUGAAAGUAUUAUUAAAAAAACUAUAUAUUUUUUUUUUGUAAUAGAAAAAGGUUAAACUUAGAUCUAUUAAAGACAACAUAAGAAAAACUAUAUGCCUGUUGGUAUAUAGUCUUCUUGGAUCCGGGUUCGAAACAAAUUGUGCUGGAAAAGACAAUUCAUCCCCUACAACUGACCUUAGACAUUAAAUGCCCCAAAGGCUUUCGAGUUUUCUGUAAACAAAUUGUCAGAAAAAAAAAUUGAUAUAGUAAUGUGACGUUGGAAAAGAUGCCUAUAGCGUCAACUUUUGUCUGAAAAUGUAACCCAUUUUGUUGAUAUAACAACAAGAACAACGUGCGAAGAUACUUUGUCUUUUAUUUGGUUGAUGGAGAAUUCACUAGAGGUUAGCCUGAUCAUUCUAUGUCUCUAUCCAUAUAUUUUCACCAGACACUAAAUAAUUCUUCUUAUCAAAACGAGCUUACCAUCUAGUCGGCCGGAUAUGACAUAUAUAUUUUCAAAAUCCAAGUUUUUUUUUUUGAUAAAUUUUCAAAAUCCAAGAUAUUGCAUAUUUUAUCUCUGGUGGUUACUCAAGAAUAGUAGUAUAAGAUUCUCAGGCUAUCACAAGAAUCUGAUCUUUUUUUGAAUGGUUGGUCUUGUGUCGCGGGCAUGCUACAAUCUUUUUCAUGUGUGACAUGAACUCCUACAAGAAAGGAAGAAUCAAAAGACUAGGACAUUAACAUAAAACUGCCGUGUACUAGGGAAUUUUUAGUUUUGGCUAAUAGACAAAUAAAGGAAGUGUAUCUAUGACCAGGUCGCCAGUUCUAAAAACUAUUCUGCGUCAUGUGCUGUUUUAGGAAGAAAUGAUUUCUUGAGGAAACAGUGUUUCACAUGCAGACAACAACAGCACAUGAGAGCUUGAUAAUGCAGAGAUAUAACAAAUGAUAAGAGAUGGCAUGUGAAAUAUAAAUCUAAAAAACAAUAACAUAGCGAAAAUAUUAAUAGAAAAACUUAAAUAAGAUAUUUUACUCUUUUGAAGAUUUAGAGGAUCUUCCCACUUGGAUUGGUUGUGGUAUAGCUAUUUUUGAGUUCUGAAAUGGUGGAGAGCAUAAUUAUUGGUCAUGUAUAAUGCAAAAGCCGCAAAGUCUCUUCCUUUUUGUUUCCACUUUUUGUUUUAUGUAAAUGUAAAUCAUCUACGUGAAAGAAAAAAGUUGAAGAAGUUACCAAAGAUGGUUAAAUAAUUGAAGCAUCUAGUGCUCUUAUGCUUUGAGCUUCUUUUUCAGAAGUUGCUUAAACACUGUUUCACUCUGAUUAUCCGCAACCACAUCAGACGGUUAAGAAUAUAUCUGGGCAUAAUUACCAUAAACCAAAAAAAAACUAAUCAAAUAUUUUUGUCUGAACAAUCCAAAUUAUCCAGUAUUUUUAUUUGAAAAUUUUGAAUUAAUUGAUACUUUUAUCCUAAAUAUCUAAAAUUUUCUAAAAACUUUUGUUUCAGAUUCUCAAGUUACUCGAUUUGAACUGAACAGAAAAAUCUUGAACUGAAACAAUAUCGAAUUUUAUAAAUAUUUGAAUAGUUUCUAUAUUCUUAUAUUAAAAAAAAUCAAAAACAAAUUGAACCAAAACCAAAUGCCUACUGGAACUUAGGAGAACUUAACAACAGCUGAUGAAUUUUCAAUAGAGGAAAACUUUGUGCAAAUUGUGAAAAUUGCAGUAUUAGAAUCCACAGGAGUCAAAACUCCAAAGGGUGCUUUAUUUAAUUUAUCUUAAAAGAAAAAUGGAAUUAGAGGUGAGAUUCUCAUAAAUGGAAAAAGGAAGAGAUAGGUAUAAAUAUUUGGUAAAGAAAUUAGCUUUAGAAUAAAUUAACGGGAGAGAGAGAAGGUGGGAACCCACCACAGACGAUUGAUCAGCCAACAUCGUAAAGAAAUCGUUUUUUUUUUAAUCUCCCUCUUCCUGUUUCUUGCAAGACACAUGACUAAUUCUAAGUGUGUAAGGGUGUUUCCCAUACUACUAUAUAUUCAUGUGCUCACAUGGGUUCCCUUAGAGGGAGAUCAAGAAGAAAGCAACCAAAGACACUCACUUUUUAAGCUCUCUUACCUUUGUUGCUUACUUUGAUACUCUUACCACUAUUAAGAACUUUCCAUAAACGCAUCACAAUAAGACGAGUAAGGAAACUGGUUCAGGAUCCAUCAUGCCACAGAACUGCAUAGCACCAAGGCCUGAAGAAAGUGGCAGUGGCGAAGCCAUGGUACAAGGUUUGACAGAUAUGUCAGAAACACAGAGCAAGUCUGUACAAGGUCUCCAGCUGUCCAUGUACCCCAUAACUCUCAAGUUUGAGGAGGUUGUGUACAAGGUUAAGAUAGAGCAGACAGGUCAGUGUUUGGGAUCAUGGAGCUGCAAAGAGAAGACAAUUCUGAACGGGAUAACGGGUAUGGUUUGUCCAGGAGAGAUUCUAGCUAUGUUAGGUCCAUCAGGCAGUGGCAAAACCACUCUUCUCUCAGCUCUCGGGGGCCGCCUCUCCAAAACUUUCUCGGGGAAAGUCAUGUACAACGGCCAGCCUUUCUCUGGCUGCAUCAAGCGGAGAACAGGGUUUGUUGCUCAGGAUGAUAUCCUCUACCCUCACCUCACGGUUUGGGAGACUCUCUUCUUUACUGCGCUUCUACGGCUACCAAGCAGUUUGACAAGAGACGAGAAGGCUGAGCAUGUGGACCGAGUUAUCUCUGAACUCGGAUUGACUCGGUGUACUAACAGCAUGAUAGGAGGACCACUGUUCAGAGGAAUAUCAGGAGGGGAGAAAAAAAGAGUUAGCAUUGGUCAAGAAAUGCUCAUCAAUCCUAGCUUGCUCCUUCUUGAUGAACCCACUUCAGGUCUUGACUCGACCACUGCUCAUCGCAUCGUGACCACAAUUAAACGGCUGGCUUCUGGGGGAAGGACUGUAGUCACCACAAUUCAUCAGCCAUCAAGCCGCAUAUACCAUAUGUUUGACAAGGUGGUUUUGCUGUCUGAAGGUAGUCCUAUUUAUUAUGGUCCUGCAUCUUCUGCUAUGGAAUAUUUCAGCUCUGUUGGAUUCUCUACUACCAUGACAGUUAACCCAGCUGACCUUUUACUUGACCUUGCAAACGGAAUACCACCUGAUUCUCAAAAGGAGACAUCAGAACAAGAACAGAAGACAGUGAAAGAAACUCUUGUUUCAGCUUAUGAGAAGAACAUAUCUACUAAACUGAAAGCUGAACUCUGCAAUGCAGAUUCUCAUAGCUAUGAGUACACCAAAGCUGCUGCAAAAAGUAUCAAGUCAGAACAGUGGUGCACAACUUGGUGGUACCAGUUCACUGUAUUGCUCCAAAGAGGGGUCAGAGAGAGGAGAUUUGAAUCUUUCAACAAGCUAAGGAUUUUCCAAGUCAUCAGCGUGGCUUUCCUUGGUGGCCUACUCUGGUGGCAUACUCCAAAAUCUCACCUACAAGAUAGAACUGCCUUGCUCUUCUUCUUCUCAGUCUUUUGGGGGUUCUACCCACUAUACAACGCGGUUUUCACAUUUCCCCAAGAGAAGAGAAUGCUAAUCAAGGAGCGGUCUUCCGGAAUGUACCGUCUUUCCUCCUAUUUCAUGGCUAGAAACAUUGGAGACCUGCCCUUGGAACUCGCCCUUCCAACUGCUUUUGUGUUCAUAAUUUACUGGAUGGGUGGGCUCAAACCUGACCCCACUACAUUUAUCCUCUCACUACUGGUGGUUCUCUAUUCCGUCCUUGUUGCUCAAGGUCUUGGCUUAGCGUUCGGUGCUCUCCUUAUGAACAUCAAGCAAGCCACAACGUUGGCAUCUGUUACUACACUUGUGUUUCUCAUAGCUGGAGGGUAUUACGUUCAGCAAAUCCCUCCUUUCAUCGUAUGGCUCAAGUACCUAAGCUAUAGCUACUACUGCUACAAGCUGCUUUUGGGUAUUCAAUACAGUGAUGAGGAUUACUACGAGUGCUCAGAAGGGGUCUGGUGCAGAGUUGGAGACUUCCCAGGAAUCAAAGCCAUGGGACUGAACAAUUUAUGGAUAGACGUACUUGUUAUGGGAGUUAUGCUGGUGGGUUAUCGACUCAUGGCAUACAUGGCACUGCAUCGAGUGAAGUUGAGAUAAAAAGAUGCAGCAAGAAGAAUAAUAUUAGUAUCAGAAAAAAGUUUAAUAAGUCGUCGAAUUUUGGUUGAUUUUACUUAAGUAUCCGAGAUAUAUAUCCGACGACUUUCUUUUGUUUUAGGCUUUAGAUGAUAAUUAUACUCCUAAGUUUGAUAAUAAAACACUGAGAUGAUUAUAUAUGUAUGAGAUAAGAAAGGGAAGCAAAAGUAUAUACCAUUUGCAAAAUAGUGAAA